GAACAAAAUCCGUCACCCACGGCCCUUCUCUAAAGAGACACCCUCUGGAGCUGAAAGCCUCAAGAACGGGCUCUCUCACGCCCCCAUCUCUCGUCCUGCCAGCGUCCAAGGCCGGUCUGAUGAUGAGACUGAAGCUCAGAGAAUUGAAGUGUCUUAGAGCUUUGAAGUGCAAGUGUCAGGAUUCUAACCCAGGCUGUCUGGUUUCUAAACUUGCCCUCUUAACUCCCACGUCUGUAUCCAGGCAGAAGAUGCAUGCAGCUUACAAGGAAGGAAGUCAAGACAGGGAUUGUGUAUGUUUGUGUAUCCUUGGUGUUUGUGUGUCACUGGCUGUUUAUGGAAGUGUGUAUAGAACUGGAAAUUAAAGCCGCAUCCAAAGCACCGAUUAUACUUACUUCCACACUGAUGCCACAUCUUUGUUUUUGGAUCUUUUGCAGUUUUAAAUAUAUUUCCGCAAGUUCUGGAGUUCUAGCUGUAUGAUCAGUUUUCUGGGUCCCUCCUCUCCUGCCUUUUGCUCCUCUAGAAGAAUAUGAAGAGGCAUGUACUCAGACCUACUCAACCGGCCGCCUCCCAAGCAGGCAGUACUUAAUUUCAGAAAGGAGUCACUUUUUCAGGGCUGUUAAAGCCACAUUAGCCUCUAGGAGCCCCCAGGUUCUGGUGCCGCAGGGACCAAAGUCCUCAGGCCAAAGUCCUGAGGGCAGGAGAUUGUGAUCAGAGGAGGACCAUACAACUGUGAGGCGUCUCAGCAGAGGCUCUGGCAGUGUCCUCCCCAGAAGUGGACAAGGCCAGUCGGGUGGCAUCAUCAUGCUACAGCAGCUCCUGAUUACCCUGCCCACUGAGGCCAGCACCUGGGUGAAGUUGCACCAUCCACAGAAGGCCAAGGAAGGGGCGCCCCUGUGGGAGGACGUGACCAAGAUGUUUGAAGGAGAAGCUCUGCUGUCUCAAGAUGCUGAUGAGACCCAGGGAGAAAGUUUAAAGGAUGAAGUGACUCCCGGGACCCGGACAACAGACUCCCAAGAACUGUUGACCUUCAAGGACAUAUCUGUGGUCUUCACCCAGGAGGAGUGGGGGCAGCUGGCCCCUGCUCACCGGAAUCUGUACCGGGAGGUGAUGCUGGAGAACUAUGGGAACCUGGUCUCAGUGGUAGGAUGUCAACUUUCCAAACCUAGUGUGAUUUCCCAGUUGGAGAAAGGAGAAGCACCAUGGAUGACAGAGAAAGAAGGCCCAGGAGAUCCCAGUUCAGCUGGUGGGAUCUUAGUUCCCCAACCAGGGAUUGAACCCGGGCCCUUGGCAGUGAGAGCACGGAGUCUUAACCACUGGACCGCCAGGGAAUUCCCUGCUAUUUUAAAUGACUUGAAGAGUAAAACAGAAACAGCUGCAUCAACUGCAAAGAAUGACGUUUUACAGGAACAGUUCUAUCAUGGCAUGAUGAUGGAAAGGUUCAUGAGGGAUGAUGUCAUUUUUUCCACAUUGAGAAAAGUCUCAAAAUAUGAUCAUGAGUUAGAAAGCCACCAGGAUAGCCAUGGAAGAGACGUGAGACAAACCAUCUUGACCCAUAAGAAGAGAGGCCAAGAAACUUACAAAUUUGGCAAAAAUAUUGUGAGUUCAAAUGUUGUUAUAGAACAGAGGCACCAUAAAUAUGACACACCUAGAAAGAGAAACAAAUACAAAUCAGAUUUGAUUAAUCAUCCAACAAGUUACAUAAGAACAAAAACCUACGAAUGUAAUAUAUGUGAAAAAGUCUUCAAACAACCCAUUCACCUUACCGAACACAUGAGAAUUCAUACUGGUGAGAAACCUUUCAGAUGUAAGGAAUGCGGAAGGGCCUUUAGUCAAAGUGCAUCCCUUACCACACACCAAAGAAUCCAUACUGGUGAGAAACCCUUUGAAUGUGAAGAAUGUGGUAAAGCCUUCAGACAUCGCUCAUCUCUUAAUCAACAUCAUAGAACUCACACUGGUGAGAAACCCUAUGUAUGUGAUAAAUGUCAGAAAGCUUUCAGCCAGAACAUUAGCUUGAUCCAACAUUUGAGAACUCAUUCUGGAGAGAAACCCUUUACAUGCAAUGAAUGUGGGAAAACCUUUAGACAGAUUAGACACCUUAGUGAACAUAUAAGAAUUCAUACUGGGGAGAAGCCCUAUGCAUGCACCACAUGUUGUAAAACCUUUAGUCAUAGAGCUUAUCUAACGCAUCACCAGAGAAUCCAUACUGGGGAGAGACCCUACAAAUGUAAGGAAUGUGGGAAAGCCUUUAGGCAAAGGAUACACCUUAGCAACCAUAAAACUGUUCAUACAGGAGUGAAAGCGUAUGAAUGCAACCGCUGUGGAAAAGCCUACAGGCAUGAUUCAUCCUUUAAGAAACAUCAGAGGCAUCACACAGGAGAAAAACCUUAUGAAUGUAAUGAAUGUGGAAAAGCCUUCAGCUAUAAUUCAUCACUUACUCGACACCAUGAAAUACACAGGAGAAAUGCCUUCCAGAAUAAUGCCUAAAAACAGAUUAUUCAACAUGAACAAAAGCCAGGUCUAAAUCAGUGAUUCUGUGCUUCGAAUUUCAGGACUAAAUUGGAGGAAUUGACAUAAUGAUGCCAACUUCUAAUUUUGCCCAUUGUGUAAAUAAACAUUACAUUUAUAACUACUGUCUACUAAUAUCUCCACACAAAGUACUUAAUCAAGAAUAAAAGAUGGCCCUUCAAGUUAAA